AGAUUUACUGAUCGCAAGUCAAGGCCUGGUCGCGAAGCCAACCCUGAGAUCAGACAACUUCUGAACAAGCUGAGUUUGUACAACAUGUCUGCCAAGACGAUUGUGUUUCUGUUCCUGGUUGCCUUGGCGACGAGUCACGCCCAAGCGCCGGCAGGGCCGUGCUGUUAUCCCGACCAGUUCGUAAUCGCUUACGGUUCCCAGAGUGGAAUCAGUCAUUUUGGAACAGCAGCGGCUAUCGGAAUAUUCGCGAAUUCCGCAUUUGACUUCACCAACAAGAUGAUUGGUGAGGAAGGUACUCUAGUCGUCGAGGGACAACCACCCAAGGACUACAAAGUCAUCCAAGACUACGCGCAGGGAGUUCAGUACACCAUUGAUCGCGGUGAAUCCAAGUGUGACAAAACUAAGUUGGCAGGCCCCAUGCAACACUGUGUUCCCGGUGGAGCUAUCUUCAACGCGACUGCUUACCUUGGGGACAAAAAGUUGAACAUCGACAGCUACUACUAUGUCAUACUGACACCUCAGCAGCAAGGCCGAUUGGCAUUGUCGGUGACCCAGGGUGACUGCCUACCAAAUAGUUACAGCUUCACUGGAAAGGCCGGACCAACCUCCAUUCUUACCGUCACUGGCUAUUUCAACUACGUGCAGGGCAUUGCCGAUCCUUCCGCCUUCUUCGAUGUGCCUGACUACUGCCCUUCGUAUAUCACCGCAGAAUCGGAGUUGCUGAAACAGCUGAAGUACCAGCGUGUCCAGUAUUAAAGGACAACGAUAUAGUUGCGCCCGGUCGACCACAAGGAACUUGAACUGACAGUGGAGAGAAUCGAUGAUUUUGUUGCAUGGUGUUUAAAGAUGCUGUAUAUCUUGUUGUUUAUGAAACAGAAAAGCAUCAAUGCAUGAAUAAGCCCUUUUUAAAGGUAACGAUUUAGUCACUUUAAUGUAGGUCUAUAUUGCUUAGCAUAAUUAUGGUAAAGAUGUGGAAUGGUCGGCGUUCGGCACUUGCAAUCAACUUUUAAGUUGGACCGUGCGAAUGCAGGGACAGUUGAGUUUGGCAUAGCUAUAAGUCCGAUUCAUAUACAUUUAUGAGUGUCGUAUCUAGCGCAGGGUGGGAGGGUGACAUUCAUUUUGCUCCCUAUCAUUCGUAUUAAAAACAGAAGUGUUACUGAACGGGCGUGAACCAUAAUCGGGCUCAUAUAAUAGCGCCCCCUUUGAAGUGCCCGGCCUCCAUUCAACUUAUUUUUCGUAAAAAAAGGGGAAUUAUUUUGGCAUUUAAAGAACAUUCUCUCCCCUGGGAUCGAAAACUUGGAUACUACACUGUCUGGGACUCGUGCUGGUGAAUAAGAAACUAAAAGCUCAGUAGAACAAACUUAAAGCGGUAUUAUUGUCAUCAAAUAUAAGGUACAUAACUGCUGGUUCGUAAUUUUGUGUCAUAUUUAAAACCACAUGCUGCUUGGCCCAAUUUCAUAGCGCUGCUUAACAGUAACAGAAAGGUUGUUUACAGCAGAAAAUUGUGCUAACCGUAAAGGGCUCAUGCAUUGUGACUUUCUUAAUGAUUAUUAUCACUGAAAAUGCACUUUUGUGUCCCAUUAUUUGUACCUUGUUUUUUAAUUUUCGUUUUUCCAAUUUGAAGGGUCUUUUGAUGCCUUUUUGUUUUGACAAAUUUCCAUAUUCAUGAGCCAAACUGUGAUGUCAUUCCGGGCAGAAACAUCAAUGUUACAGCUAUUUUGGCACAAAAAGUUGCUGGCUAUCUUGAUAUUUUGCUUUUAUAAAGUAUCUUUUCUUGGUUGGUUCGUUGUUGUGCAAGUACAUGGCAGUACAGUAGCCCAAUUAAUGGGCAAACCUUUCUCACAAUUAAUGUUUUCAAUGAGCAAAUGUUGUGUUCACAAUUUGCACAGAAAACCCCCAAACCGAACAGUGUCUAAUUUCUGAAAUGACAUCUUAGCAACAACGCCCUCAGUUGACCUGAAAAGCAUGGACAAUUUAAAAUGCUUAAAGAAGUGCACUUUUUAAUAGAAUUAACCAAAAAUGGAAGUCGAAUAAUUUUCAUAUGUGUUCCUCAGAAAAAUUCGCCGCAUUAACCCCUAUAGGCGCCAUGUCAAGGCGUGAAUGUGCCAGAGGUUGCGCGCGAAAUUUCUAUAGAAAAAAAAUACGUCACUGAUAUCAUUGGCUUUUGCUUUAAUUUUCAGAAAUGAACUAUUUGAGGGGUUA